CUGUGGACGUCCUAAGCCUUGAGCUCAAACCGAGACACUCAACACGGGGGGAAAAAAAGCCCACGGGCGUGAAAGGGGACCGAUGCCCUCAAGGAAGACAGUCAAGCUCGUGCUGUACGAGGUGCUGCAGUUCGCGGCCCUCGGCGUACCGAUCUUCGUGGUCAUGGAGAGGUUCGCGGGCCUCAUGCGCGACGUGAGAGAAGGGGACCUUACGGCUUACUGGUUGGUGGUGGCAGCCUCCGUCGCCUACGUGACCUCCGUGACCCUGCUGGUGUGGGUCCCUGUGAAGUAUCUGACCCUGAAGAAGCGGCGGUGCAUCGCUAAAGCGUCCCAGUGGAGACCCACGGCGUUGGCCUAUGUCAUCCUGUGUACAUUACCAUGCUUUGCUAUUUUGAUCGCCAGCUCCAAGGUGCAGACAGACAGAGGGAGCAAACUGGACCACUUCACGGAGCUGCCCGUCUCUUUGGUGCUCUUCUGUCUCAUCUGCGUGGACGUCAUUGAGAGGAUUCGCCCAUGUAGUCUCACUGGACGAGCAGACAUCCUGGAUGCAGACCUUGACCUUUCAGGUCCCAUCCUCACCCACCUGGAACAGGUGACCACCGUUUCAGGCCAGCUGUACGCUGACGGGGCCCGAAACGGGUCACCCGCUGGUCACCCUGAGACCAGGAAUGGCAGCUCCCCGAGGCGAUGGCAUGACCGGGCUCACUCACACAACCACUCGUCAAUGCCCAGCCCCGCAUACCUAUACUCCUCAUCCUCUCGCACCCGAUCCUACUCCGGCCCGCUUCGCCUCCUUUGGGCAAGGGAUUUUAGGUCGGAGGCAUUCGUCGACAGCUUCCUGUUUUGGCUGGACACCGUGGAGAUGGUGAGAGCGGCGGGGGAUCCUUCGAUCUACUACUCAAACUGGAUUUUCCCCGUCUUCAUAUUAGCCUUCCUGUCCACACUUAGACUGGCCAUCACACCUCUCAACCCCUUGUUGUCCUCUGCGGGGUUUGUCGUUCAGGACCUUCCUUUCUCCGUUGUUCGAAUAGCUCUGAUUGUUGUUUUUGGCUACGUCACGCCUGUGUUGUACGCCAUGAAAAACAUUCUGGUGUGCCUGACUUUCGUCUACUUCACAUUCCUGACCAAGCUGAAGAUAUUCAGAAGACAGCGCAUGUUCUGAUGUACCGAGCCGGCUCUUCCAAAAGAAGAAUUUGCCCUGAUGGCAGACGGCUCAGUGGUUGCCCUCUUUACGUGUCAGCCGGGGGGGGGAACAGUGCAGGAAUUGAUGCGGAAGAAGCAUUUUGCAAGCAGCAAUGGCCAUGAAAGAAAAGAACGACCCCAUUAAUCCAGGUAAGACAUCACAAGGGGUCAAAAAUACAAGAUGUGAAAUAAAACGAUGUAUUUCUCAGAGUCCACGCCGAGCCUAAUGUUUUCCUAUUUUUAUGUUAUGCCUGAAUCUAACUAGUAUUUAUUAAUACUUGAUUUAACUGUCAUGUUUACUUUGACCGUGGAUGUGUGUAAAAAUGUGACUGUUCAAGUUCCUGUACUGUACUA